AAACAAUAUGGCGGCGGAUGUGACACUUCGAACGUCCGUUGUAGAGAUGUAGGUAAAUUUACUUCAAUGUCAUGAAAGGAGCGAUGAAAUUCAGAGAUAACUGUGCAUUUCAAGUUCUUGAUGGGGGAUAAAAGUAAUUCUUCGAGAAUUUCUUCGAAGACUUCUCAGGUAUUCCACUGUAUGGCAUGCAUCAUCAUGAUGCCAGUUGUUUAAUUUGCAGUAUGAAGAGUUGAUUUUUAAGAGUUCUUUAGAUCAUUAAGCUUACUCUUAUAGAAUUUAAUGUUUUUUUAUUUUAACUAGGUUUUGGUGCAGCCUCUGGAUGAUUCAAAAAUAAGAAAUUUGCUGCAUACUUUAGAGGAUUUAGUGAAAUCAUCUCUUGGACCUUCUGGCAGGUUGUUGUUUUUUUCACAUUGCAUUUGUGUCUGGAAAGUCAACUAUUUAGUAUUCCUUCCAAAGUUCUUUUAAUCAAAUGCGAGUGAUUUACCCCUAAACAUCUACCCAGCUCGGCUCAGCUGAGUGCUUUUUUGGGUCAUUGAAAAGUACAAAGUGUGGACAAGGAACUUGGGACUGUGGACUACGUGGACUACCAUUUAGUACCGUCCUUAAACAUACUUUUUGGGUUAUGAGAUAUUAAGAAAAUCAACAAUGUUGUUUUUGUUUCUAGAUUCCUCUUUUGUGAUCUGCACAAUGCUUAAGAUUUUAAUUCUGUAACAUCAAAAUGUGGUUCAUGUUCUGCAUCUGGUCCACAGUUCCCAGUCCAUGAUUUAGAAAAUAUAUUUUUUAAGGUGGAGCUUGAACAAUGUUGUUAUGUUGAUAUUUUCUCCAACCUUGCUUAUUACUUUGGUAUUUAUCAUCAAUAAUGAAUUCUGUACAUCACCUUUACAGAUUAAAGUUCUUUCAGACAUCUGGAGGUGGUCAUGUUACUGUAACAUCAACAUCAAGCAAAAUUCUGCAUAGUUUGUCUGGGUUGUCACAUCCUAUAUCAAGGUUGAUUCUCUCUGCUGUAAGAGGGCAUCUAGAUGCCUAUAAUGAUGGUGGUUUGAGGACAGCAUUGCUUAUGUUAAGGUAACUCUCUGGCUUAAAAUCUACAGCAAAAAGAUCACAUUUUAAGAUCUCAUAAGUAAUUCUCCUUACUGUCUGCCAAACAAUUCUUAUUAUGUUAGUUUGGAGAAUUAAGUAUUGGAUCAAUUGGUAAUUCCAUAAUUGGUACUUUUCUUAAUUCUCAUCACUUGUCUACAUGAUAUUGUAUAGAUAUAGUAAGAAGAAAUUCUGUCUUGGUCACUUAUGGGAGUUGAAGGUUAAGCCCUUGUCAUUUAUUAGGUCAUGCUGACUGCAGGCUAGUGUAUUUACCUCAUAUGGUUAUAUUUACUGUACAAUGUAUAUUUUUUAAUGUAAUCUUUUUCAAAUUAACUCAAUUUUAUUAGCUUGAUACAAUCAGCCAUUGACAUGCAAAUUCCAAGAGUGCUAGUGACACAGAUCUUUGAACAUUCUCUGGAAGUCUUGUCUGAUCACCUUGAAUCAUGUCACUGGAAAAUGAAGAUGGAUAUUGGACACAUGAAAAGCAUGAUGUCUGUUGUGAACAGUAUUAUUGGAACCAAAUCUGCUUGUCAUCUUAGUGAAUCAGAGAAGCAAUACAUCAGUGUGUUACUGAUCAAGGUAGGAUAGUUGAUAAGUCUUUCUUCAUGUACAGUACUUUUUGUUGCAGAACAAUAAACUGAUUGAUAUGGAUUAAUUUUAUUAAUAAUUGUCAAUUGUAGUUAUACUUCCUAAUUAUGGAAGCAUAUAGUCAAUAUUUUAUUAAGGAAAUCACCUAAAGGAUAGAAGGAUACAGUACUGUAGGAUUAUGGACCUCUAGUACUGAGGCAUGAAGAAAGCUACUUGAUAUAUUGCAUUCAGGAAAGAACUACAUGUACUCUGCAGCCAGGCUACAUGUAUAUACUGAAGUUUAUCAUCAGUUACACAACCUGACAAAUAAAAAUAAUAUUUUUCCAUGCACCAAAUGAUUGACAUAGUUAGAACAGAUUCAAAAGGAUGAUUGUUAAUGAAAUUUAUUUUUGUAUUUACAUUUAUCUGUCAUGUUUUGAUUUUAGGCUUUUCUCCAAUCUUUGCCAAGUAAGACAUGUAAAGAUUCUUCCUGUUCACCUUUGGCACUUCUUCCAGUCCAAAUAGUAACUUGUGAGGGAGAUCCUGUGAAUGAAUCCAAAAUUUUACUAGGUGUCCUUUUACAAGCCCCUGAUAUUCCUACCUUUCGACAAAACAAGACCCUUGUAAGCCCUGCUGCCAAGGUUGCUUUAUACAAUGUAUCAAUGGCAGGAGACACUGAUGAAUGGUUCAGUGAUAGUGUGAAGACAGAGGCAACAAUGUUUAGGCAUGAUGCUAACAUAGAAAGUGCAACUGUGCAUCAAAUGUUAAAGGUUGCUGAUUGGUUGAUUAGUACUGGGGUGGCUGUUAUUGCUUGCCAGAAGUGUGUACAUCCUGCAGUCAAGCAAUAUUUGCGAGAUAAGGUUUGCAUUUUUUCUUUAGUCUUGAGUGAAAACAAAGUUUUGAUUUGAACUUUGUGGAUGAGUAUUCAUUGAUAUAAAAAUUUUCUGUUUUUUUUUUUACUUGCUGAGGCUUGUGAAGCUUAAGCACUGGUAAUGAAUUACUUUAAAUACUUGAAAUAACCUCAAGAGAUAUCAGCAUUUAUUUAAGGGUGGUGCUUGUUUAAUUUUUUCCAAAUCUUGGCCAGACAAAAUGUUUUUUUUUCUGCAAUAUGAAAUCUGUAUACAAACAACAGCACAGGCUGAGAGUGUGUUACAAAGCUUAUCCAUAAGUUGUGGUCACAUAGCACAGCUAGUGCUCACAGUUACCUUAAUUCCAAACUCUAGCAUGUUCACAAACUGAGAAAGUAUGGUGAUAUCAGUGCAAAUUAUAAACUGCAAUAUAAUUAUACUCUUAAAGAGUGUGGCAAACAUGAUUACUGAAGAAAAAGAAUAAGAAAAAGAAAAUCAGGGGAAAGAGAGAGGGGGGCUACCAGAAAAAGGGUUCUUCUUAAAAAUUUGAUGUGUUAGUAGAGGUGCCUAUUGAAUGAGGGGUGCUAAUUUAUGAGAAUUUAUGCGUGAGAAUUUAUGCUAAAAGAGUUUCAGAACUCUUUUUCAUUUCUAUUUUAAACACCAGUUUGUGUAGGUCACAAUACCGUGGGAUUGGCUUGAUGUAACACAAAGUCAUCAAGUGUAACCCAAUUUUGUCCUUGUUUGAAUUUUUUAAGGGUGCUUUGGUGAUUGAUCGUGUCUCGAUUGUUCACAUUACGGCUGUACAGAGAUUAACUGGGGCUGUACUCUUGAGCACUUUCACCAGGGACAUUCCUGUGUCAAACUUUGGACAACUGGAGAGGAUUGAACAUAUGGUGUUAAAUAACAAGAGGUCUGUUUGAGUUUAUGAGUUUAUCCUCUGUCACAACAUGUAUGGACUGGAAGUGAACCACUAACAUCAUCAUUAUUAGUAAUAUUAGUAUGUCAUGGUUAAGUUUAUUUCUCAUCAUCCUGCUUCCAUCAUUACCAUAUGUUUAAUUUCUUGUGGAUCUUGGUAUGGCUUCACUUGGCCAGGGUUGUCAAAAAGAUUUUGAGUAAGCAGACUGUGAUACAAAGUAGGCUGCAGAAUGUCAUGGCUCCAUGAUGAAAAUUGAGCCACAAGCGUUUGAUAUAACUGGCAUAUUUUUUAGAGCAGUUUUUCUGAGAAAUGCACCAGUUGCCAACUUAUUUUAACAACCCUGCAUACCUUUUUUUCUGUUACCAAGUCUUUGCUUGGCCUUCAGCUAUCAAUUAGACAACAAAUUAAGCAGGUUUUUACUUUUUAUUCAAAUGACUCAUCUUAAAAAACAAAUGCUCAUAAACCAUAAUCUACAACAAUUGUACACAUGAUGCUCACUUUCUAUCUAGAGAAAUUAAAAAAUGUUGGCUUUCAGUAAUGUGAUUUCUUUGUGCACAGCUACAUUCAUCUGUUUCCUCAACCAUCAUUAAAAUCCUCUCCUGUGUGCACUCUUGUGCUGUGUGCACCAGAUGAAACUUCCCUUGAGGAGCUCAAGACAGUUUGCCAAGCAUCCAUCAUUGCAUUACAUGAGACACUUAAACAACCAUAUGUCUUUCCUGGUGCUGGCUGUCUGGACACACACUUAGCAUCAGUGCUAAGAAUGUAUGGGAAAAACUGUAGUUCAGAGAAAUCCAGAGAUCUUGGCUGCUCUAAAGGUAAAAAGUUUGACAUUCUUACAUAGUUUGGUAACAUUCUAUUGGAGAUUUGCAGCAACUACUUUAUCCACUCAAAUUCCUUAGUGUGAAAAUGGCUUGUUGAAGAAUACUUGUUACUUUUGAUUAUUACAGAUAUACAAUCAUGUAAAUUGUUCAAAAAGUUUUUCUAAUCUCCCACAUUUCUGCCUAAGGUUUUCCUUUAAGGUGCAUUCAAGUUUCAUCAUGAUGAAAUUCAUUUUAAAUAUUAGUUCAUAACAUUGCAGCAUUUUUAGACUGUAUCUUUGCAAAUGUUCUCUUAACUCUAGAAAUGUUGUUUCUUAGGUCAGAUAAUUUCUGUUAUCAACAAUGUAGCCCUCUGCUUGGAAUCCUUAGCCAAGUGCCUAGAACAUGAUGGUGGGAUUGAGAUUACUGACUCAGCCAAUCACCAUCAUUGGAGUCUUUCUCCUGGAGCACUGGAACUGAAACCCAGCAUGCCUUACUGCAUGUGUGGAUUGGUGUCACAUGACCAUUCAUUGGAGUGGAGCAUGAUGGGAGAAAUGAUCACAAAUACCUCAUUUGGUAAUGGGGAUAAGUGUUGCACUGGGAAUAGUAACAAACUAUUUGACAAUGUUGUUGUGGAUAUUUACUCAAUGAAGAUAAAUUCAUACAGAAUUGCAUUUGAAACUGCCAAUGCUAUACUAAGAAUUCAAUGUAUAGUAAAUAGUAAUGUGGUGUAA